GGAAAAAACAACAAAGAAAGUGUGGUUGGCUGAAUAAUGAUUCCCCUGUCCCACCCCACCCCCAAAGAUGGUCAGAUCCUAAUUCCUAGAACCUGUGAAUAUGUUACCUUAUAUGGCAGAAGGGACUUGGCAGAUAUGAUCAAGUUAGGGAUUUCGAGAUGAGGAAAUUACAUUUAUUAUCGAUAUGGGCCUGAUAUAGUCACAGAGAUCCUUGUAAGUAGGAGGCUGAAGAUCAGAGGAAGAAGCAAUGUUAUCAUGCACAUGGGUAGAAAAGGCUACGUGAUGUGAGAUAAUGAGCGAGGGAAUUUGGUUGCCUCAGAAGGUGAAAAAGGCAAGGAAAGACUCUCCCCUAAAUCCUCCAGAAGGAAACAACCCUGUUAAUACCUUAAUUUUAGCCUCGUAAGAUUCAUUUUGGAUUUCUGACCUCCAGAACCGCAAGAGGAUAAGUUUGUGUUGUUUUAAAUCACUAAAUGUAUGGUAAUUUGUUACAGCAGCAAAAGGAAUCUCGUACAGAGUAUCUGGGAAAUGAAUAGCUAUACCAUGCUCCUUGGGUCAUUAUUUCUAGUUGCUUUUAUGAGCAAAGCUUGUCUUACCUAGCAACAGUUGCUAAGUAAAUUUAACAAUUUAAUUCUAGAGUCUGAAGAGAGCCACUGCUUAAAUCUUCCCAAAUCCAGUGCCCAUACCUCAUGUGGCAAAGACUUUCAGAACCAUUCUUUGCCAUUAGGCACAUAACCAGUACCUAAUCAUGGCAAAUCAUUUUAUUCUUACCAGCCUCUAACGUUGUCCUAAAACCCUGAACCUCUAACAGCUUUCUUAAACUUCUAGCUUUUCUUAAAACUUUUUUUUUCAUACCAUAAGAGUACUUUAACUGCACAUAGUAAAAGACAUCUAAAAUUUAAUUAUGAUCAGAAAUCCGAAUUACACAAGCUUUGUUUGCUGUGCUGUUUGUAAUAAAAUAAUUCCACCAGCCCCUUUUGGGGAAACCUUCAAACGGAUCCAUGAAUACAAGCCAUUUAAGACCCGCUUUUAUACUCACAAAGAUAUACUGGGUAUCGGGGCAGAUAUUCUGAGUAAAGAAGAGCAAUUUCAAGAGGCAGCACUCAAAGAACUUAUUGCAAAAGCAGAAGCUGACGUAUGGGUUCAGGCUGAUGAGCGUCAAAAGCAAGCAGUCGAGAAAGCACUUGAGGAAGCAAAUAACCAACACAAAAUUGAUAUUCAGAUUCUGAAAGAAGCACACCAAAAAGAUUUACAGGAAAUGGCAGCCAAAACCAAGAUAGAGGAGCACCAAAACAUGGAAGACACACUACAGAGAGAACACUUGGCUGCAGAACAACGCAUGGUGCAUAGAAUCCAGAGGAUUAUGAUGGAGUGCCACAGGGAGAAGGUCCAGGCUGUGGAGAAGGCUAGGGCUGAAGAGAGACAGAUGGCCCAAGAAGCAAUGCAGGCCCAGAAAAGAAAAGCCAUGGAGGAAAUUUUGAAUACUGGUAUAACAGCUAUAAAAGAUCAGAGCAAGAGUUUGAACCAAAUGAUAAAAGAAAAAGAACAUGAGAUGAACGUGUACUAUUGCAUGGCUCAGAGACAGAAGCAAGAAGAGGUCCAGGAAGUGCUUCAAGAAGCAGAGAAGACACAUAAGACCACGCUUGGAAAUGUGAUGGAUAAACUCAUUGACACUCAGGGGGAGCUGCUGUCCAUAGCGAAACAACUAGGCAUUAUGACAAACUGGAAAGAUUUCCUGGAGGAGGAAUUACAGGAAACAAGGGAAGCAUUUCAAAAAUACAUCAAUUAUACAUUUCCUAAGCUUUCCCCAGGACAUGCAGAUUUUAUUCUACCAGAAAGAAAGAAAACACCUUCCAGUCUUGUUAUUCAGGAGAAUGAAACAACUCUCGAUUAGAAGUCUUUGACUGAAAUUUCGCUACAAAAGUCAAUGUUCCAAAGACUAAAUAAAUCAACUAAAAAACCACUUAUUGAUCCCCAGUUAUAUGGAGGGUACCAUUGGGCUGCUGGCAUUUUGAUGGAAAACCAAAAUACUCAAAAAGCACACGCCAGGCUACAUUGAGUUCUAAGUCUUUUUGAGGAGAGAAAACAGUGAAAGGGAUCAAAACUAAUUAGAAGGGGGAAAGUUUCUUGGAAGAAGUCCAAAUAAAUUUCUAUAAUUGGCUUUAUUCUUGCCUACAUCAGACAUGUAGCUAUUUUAGUGUUUGUUGCAGUUAAAAACAAGUAAAGGGAUAUGUUUUUAGAUUGUUGCUAUUGUGGGGAGGUGUGCUAAUUUCCAGUAAAGACCGUUAUUUGGUGAAGUCAAUAGCAUUGUAGGGAAAAAAGCAAUUUCCUUCAAAUUCAAUAGGAUAAAAUUUAAAUUCUGGGAACCCUAUGCAAGCUAAUUCAGAGAGGGCUGGCACGCUGAACAUGGUACACAAGAGGACUUAAAACUCAUUUUCACAGCAGUGUGUGAAAGGUACAAACCAGUAACGCAGUCACAGA